AAAAGAAUUAGAAGAUGUCCGACCCUUCUUCGUUUUGUCAGAAUGCUGCUGCAAAUUUUGUUGGGAACUUGUUUAGUGGAAUUUUCACUCUUAUCACAAAGCCAAUUAUUCUUGUGAUACAGUGCGACAAUAAUGUUGACCAUUUGAAGAACAAAGUUGCUGAGCUGAAGGAUAAGAGAGAGACUGCGAAGACGUUUGCUGGAACUGCUGAGAGAAGAGGGGAAGAGAUUGUACCAGAGCUCAGGAAUUGGCUGACCAGGGCCGACAAUUGCAUUGAAGCUGCAGAGAAAUUGGUAGCUGAUGCUGAUGCUGAUGCUGAUGCUGCAGAGAAAUUAGUAGCUGAUGCUGCAGAGAAAUUAGUAGCUGAUGCUGAAGGAAAUGCCAAGAAGAAGUGUUUCUUUGGGCCGUGUCUCAAUCCCAGAUCUCGUUACCAACUCAGCAAAAAAGCAGAGGAGAAUUCCAAGACUAUUGAUAAACUUGUGAAUGAUGGUCGUGAAUACAAGCUCCCACUUGCCUACGUUCCUGCUCCACCAAAAGAAGUGGCCGCGUCCGUCGAAGGUUUUGAGGACUUUUACUCAAGAAAGGAUGUUCUGGAGAGGAUCAUGGAGGCACUGCAAAGUCAAAGCAGCAGCAUUAUAGGGGUACACGGGAUGCCUGGCGUGGGGAAGACGAUGCUGGCCAAAGAAGUAAAAAGAAAAGCAGAGCAAGACAAGCUGUUCGAUGUGGUAGUUAUGGCUCUUGUUUCAAAGAAUGCAGACUCGAAAAAGAUUCAAGUCGAAAUUGCCCGUGGUUUGGGUCUAGAUGAGCUUCCUAAUGGAAUUGAAACUCAGGUUGCUGCUGAACUUAUUAAAAACAGGCUGAAGAAAAUGAAGAAGGUUUUAAUCAUUUUGGAUGAUAUUUGGGAGUCUGAAAUAGAUUUGAAGGAGCUUGGAAUUCCUCUUAGAAACGAGUCAAAAAAGACUGAGGGGAGCUCGUCAAGAGAAGAACAUGCAGAGGGGAGCUCGUCAAGAGAAGAACAUGUAGAAUGCAAAAUUCUGCUGACAUCCAGAGAUUCUAAUGUUUUAUUAGAUCUGACGGGUUCUUCACAGAACUUUUCACUUGAUAAAUUAGAAUCUGAAGAAGCAUGGGACUUGCUUAAAAAGAUAGUUGGUGACAGAGCAGAGAGCGAUGACAUACGUAGUACAGCCUUUGAUAUCGUCCAGGAAUGUGGGGGCUUGCCCCUUGCAAUUACAACAAUGGCAAAGGCUUUGAAAAAUAAGAAGCCUUACGAAUGGAGGGAUGCUUUGAGACAACUAAGAAAGCCCUCUGCAGAAAACUUCCAUGGCAUACCUGCAAAGGUUUAUUCAGCUAUUGAGGUCAGUUACUCUCAUUUGGAAAGCGAGAAGCUGCAGGAAACAUUUUUGCUUUGCUGCCUAAUGGGUCACAAGGCUUCAAUUCAAGACUUGUUGAAGUAUGGUGUAGGCUUAGGCUUAUUUGCUAACACCAUAGGGGAAGCACGAGAUGAAGUAUUUACUUUGAUUAGCAAGCUCCGAGCUUCUUCUUUGCUCAUUGAUGAUUCUGACAAUAAUUGUUUCGAUAUGCAUGACCUUGUUCAUGAUGUGGCUGUAUCAAUUACAAGUAGGGAUCGUCGUGGGUUGCUGCUAACAGGGGACCAUGUACCAAGGAAGUGGUCAGACAUGGAGACGAGGAAAAAUUUCAAAUGGAUUUGUCUGCGAUAUUCUAAUGUUGAUGGGUUACCUGAAGAGUUAGAAAGCUUCUGUCUCACUCUCUUUCGGUUGGCUAAUAAAAGUGCUCUGCAAAUUCCAGCAAACUUUUUCAAGGGAAUGCCAAUACUCAAGGUAUUGGAUUUGACUCACAUGGAUCUGUCAUCCCUGCCUCCAUCAAUUUGCCUCUUGCAGAAUCUCCAUACAUUAUGUUUGGAUCAAAGCGUGUUGGGGGACAUACGCAUUAUUGGAGAGCUGAAGAAUUUAGAAAUUCUUAGCCUUUUGCGAUGUGAUUUUGAAGAGCUUCCAGGGGAAAUUGGGCAGCUGACUCGGCUAAAGUUAUUAGAUUUGAGUGACUGUGCUAAACUCAAAAUAAUUCCCCCAUGUGUCUUGGCAAAUAUGUCCGGAUUAGAGGAACUGUACCUGGGAAACAGCUUCGAUGGAUGGGAGGUUGAGGAAAAUGAAAAUCAAAGAAAUGCGAGCAUUGCGGAGUUGAAGCAUUUGAAGGAAUUAACUACUUUGGAGGUUGCAUUACCAAACUUAGAGGAGUUGCAAGUAUCUUGGAUUAAUGUUGACAUCAUAUGGCAUGCUUCGAUGGCAUCUUCUUAUAUUAAGAAACUGACGAAGUUGAUCAUUGAGAACUGUGAUAAUUUAAAAUAUCUAUUCACAUCUGCUAUGGCUAGAGAUCUGGUAAUGCUUGAACACCUUGAAAUAAGCGGAUGCCAGAAGAUGGGAAAGGUUCUUUUUACAGAGAAUGUAGAAGAAAAUGGGAAUUUGAUUUUUCCUCAAUUGAGGAUUCUAGAGAUACGAAGCCUUCCAAAACUCGGAAGAUUCUGCCAUGGCAAUUACAUCAAAUUCCCCUGCCUUUCGCGACUUUUGAUCAGGAGCUGCCCUGUAUUAAAGACUUUCAUCUCAUCAAGCUCUAGUUUUGACACUGGUACACCUCCUCUAUUUGAUGCGAAGGUGAUAUUCCCCAGGCUAGAGCAACUAAUGAUUGAAUUUAUGGAAAGCUUGGACAAGAUAUGGGACAACCAACUUGAUGCAAGUUCUUUUUACCAACUAAAUUAUCUUAGUGUGAAUUCAUGUAACAAGCUAUUAAAUAUUUUCCCAUUUAGUAUGCUGGAAAGGCUUCAGAGACUAGAUGAGUUAGGGAUAUGGGGCUGUGAUUCACUUGAAGAGAUAUUUGAGUCUCAAGGGCUUGAUGCUGGCCAAUCACAAACUCAAAAAUUCACGCCACCAACUUUGAUGGCAUCUGUUGUAAAGUUUGUGUUUCCAAAAUUGACGCAGCUAGAUCUUUUUAUGCUGCGCAAACUGAAGGCCUUAUGUCAUCAAAUGCAUACUAUUGAAUGGCCAUCAUUGAAAAAUUUGACAGUGUAUAGAUGUGACCAAGUACAGAUAUUUGCUUCAGAACUCUCAAGCUUCCCAAGAACAAAUGGAGAUGACCAACUCGAAGUUUCUCUUUUCUGGACAAGCAAGGCUACAUUCCCCAGUCUAGAAGAAAUGAGAUUGUAUGCGAAUGGUAAUAUGAAAGAGAUAUGGCAUGGGCAGCAUAUUCCAGGGGAUUAUUUUCCCAAAUUAAAAGUUCUUGAACUCAGCCACUUGCAUAAGCAGUUAGUUGUCCAGCCUUUUCUGUUUCAGGCUCCGACUCUUGAAAAGCUUGUUGUGAGUCAACCUUCCUUUCAUGAUAUAUUCGAAUGCCAAGGACUUGGUGGUGUGGAAAAACCUGCACUUGCAUUUACUCAAUUAAGUGGAUUAAGGUUGUCUGACCUUCACGAGUUAACAUGUCUCUGGAAGGAAGAAUCAAAUUUGGAAUCAGUUUUCUCUAACCUGAAUAUUCUUGAAGUGGUACUGUGUAGCAAAUUAAAGAAUUUAGUGCCGUCCUUCAUAUCUUUCAAGAAUUUGACAACUUUGAAAGUAUUUGCAUGUCAUGAGCUCAUAUAUUUAAUUGAUUACUCAACAGCCAAAAGCAUGGUGCAACUCACAAGAAUGAGUAUAAGUGAAUGUCAUAUGUUAAAAGAAAUUAUGGCGUGUGUGGAUGAUGAAAUGAAGGAUGGCAUUGUCUUUAGCCAACUCAAGUAUUUGCAACUUUGUGUUCUACCAAGAUUGGCAAGCUUUUGCUCGGGAAGUUGCAACUUUGAAUUCUUAUCUUUGGAAGAAGUAAUUGUGACUUGCCCAAAUAUGCAGAUCUUCUCUCACGGGGAAUGCAGCACCCCUAAAAAAUUGCAAAAGGUGAAAUUGACAAAAGAUGGAGAUGAAGAGUUUUGGGAAGGCAACCUUAAUAGCACCAUACAAAAGAUGUUCAUAGAAAAGGUUGCAUUUCCGAACCUAGAGGAGUUGGAAUUGUCUUGGAUUAAUGUUAACACCAUAUGGCACGCUUCAAUAACAUCUUCUUAUGUUGCGAAACUGACAAAGUUGAUCAUCAAGAGCUGUGGUAAUUUGAAAUAUCUAUUCCCAUCUUCCAUAGCGUUGGGCCUUGUGCAACUCUAUAAUCUGGAAGUCACAAACUGUGUCAAGAUGGAGCAAGUGAUCAAAGGAGAAGGAGCUGAGGACCUGUUUCCUAAGCUAUUCACCAUUAUUUUAGAGUCUUGUCCCAACUUGAAAUGUUUCUAUGAGGGAAGUAAUCGGCUUGAGUUUCCACGGUUGUACAAAAUUACUGUUGUUAACUGCUCAGCUUUGGCUGCUUUUGCUUCUUCAUUUUCAAGUGAUCGAAAGAAAGAGAUAACAACUAAUGACACAGAAAGUGAAGAAAGGCUUGUCAUCCCUACUCAACCUUUUUUUAGUGACAAGUGUUUAACUAUCUUGAACAAAGUCUACCGUCAUCCUUCAUUCUAAAUGUCUUUGUGUCAUUUCUCAUGUUUUUGCUUUGGGAUUGUCGUUACAUUGUUUCUUUGGAUUAAUAAGGAAAUCUUCACAAAAAGAAUGAUCUUUUUCUGAUGAGGUCUUUUAAUUUGGAGUGUUUAAUGUUGUUUUUAAAUAAAGUUGCAUUGGCCUU